GCAAACCGAGCUUCCCAAAGUUAGACAUCAGAGCGUCUUUUCACUCAAAGCCCCGCCCACAGUAGCCUACGCCUGCCAACCGAGGUGGACUUUUCUGAAGCCUCGCGCAGAAACGCGGACAGGAAUCCUUUCCACUUGCAGCCCCGCCUACUGCCAAACCGCUGGCCGGUUUGCAAGAGCACCUUUCGUUGCUUGAAGAAACUUUCACCAUUGCCAGGGGUCCCUUUCCCUACAACCCUGCCCACUGCCGGCCACCAAACAGAUGGCGAAUUGUCAGGAGCGCUGCCUACAGUUUCUUACCCGGGAAAGAGGGGCCGGGGCCUCUCAUUUCUCUUCUCCGUUCCUAACCUUCUCUGCUGUCUCCCCCAGGCUGGGAGACCGAGAUAAUUCCGAGAUGCCCCAGAGCCUACCUUGACGCGUUUGGGCUCUCCUGGGAAGUCUUUCGAGAAGACUGAGAGAAUCUGGGAUUCUGGGGAGGCAGGAGAACGGAUUGUACAAAGUUGCCGAGAUGUGACGGGACUCCCUAUCUGGAGAAAGAGCCAUAUACAUACAUACACAUAUUUUUUAAAAACAAAUUUUACAGUUAAUUUGGGAUUAGUGCCCACCUACCCCACUAGGUUGGGGUCUCCACCAAGGCAGGGAAAGACUUUGUAUCCGGGGUGCUUGAAAUAUACUUGACACUUAAUAGGUGAUCAAUAAAUACCUACUGAACGAGUGAAAGAACCAAAGCUCCCCAGGUGAGGAGGUGUCACCUGCCCUCUAAAGAGCGAAGCCAGGUGCCCGCUUGACUCCCAACAUCAAUGAUUUCCCCUAGACCCCAGAGGGUAGUACUGGGAUUCUCUCAGACACAUAAGGUCGGGGUGUCCUGUUACCCUCAAACACGGAGGGAGGGGUUGUGCUCCCCACUUUUGAAGGGCAUGGCCGUGGUCUGCCUCUGGCGCCAUAUGCCCUUUCCCUCCUCCAUGUCCGAGUGUACAGCAAGGAGUCCUCAAAGCCCUACGGGCAGGAGUGCUCCCGCAGAUUGCGGGGGAGCGCAAUUUGCUCCUCGAGCGCAGCACCGCCUGAAUCCCUCAGAUCCCCAGUGGAAAGAAGGUAACUCCCCCACUUCCCAAAGAUUAAGUCUCGUCUUUCCUGUAAACGCGGAAGUAAGGUCAUCGUCCCACCGCAGCGCCAGACCCUAGUGGACAGAUGGGUGGAGCUCAGAACACCUCAAAAGGCGGGCUCCGGGUCCCCACAUCCCCAGCCCCCCCCCCCGAGAUCUCGAAGGCAGUGAUGGGACGCCCCCCGCCUCCGCACAUCUACUGGGGCUCCAGAUUGUCGGGCAGGGCGGCGCUUCUCGGAAGGAGACCGGCGGGGCGGGAUCAGGUGGGCGGGGUGGCCGAAGGGGAAGGAGGAAGCGCAGGCCAACGACGCGACUCGACUGCGCGGCUGCUCCCGGGGCACCCCGCCAUGACUGAAGGAGUCCCCAGCGCGGGGUCCGCGCUCCCCACGCCUGCCAUGUUCUCCCUGCCGCUGGCAGCGCUCAACGUGCGAGUGCGGCGCCGCCUGUCGCUCUUCCUAAACGUGCGGGCGCCGGUGGCGGCCGACUGGACCGUGCUGGCGGAGGCGAUGGACUUCGAGUACUUGGAGAUCCAGCAGCUGGAGAAGUACGCCGACCCCACGAGCAGGCUGCUGGACGACUGGCAGCGACGUCCGGGCGCCUCAGUGGGCCGCCUGCUCGAGCUGCUCGCCAAGCUCGGCCGCGAGGACGUGCUGAUGGAACUGGGACCCAGCAUCGAGGAGGACUGCCAGAAGUAUAUUCUGAAGCAGCAGCAGGAGGCAUCUGAGAAGCCUUUACAGGUGGACUCUAUAGACAGCAGCAUCCCUCGGAUAAAUGACAUGGCAGGCAUCACUAUUCGCGACGACCCCCUAGGGCAAAAGCCUGAGUAUUUUGAUGCCUUCAUCUGCUACUGCCCCAGCGAUAUUGAGUUUGUCCACGAGAUGAUCCGGCAGCUGGAACAGACAAACUAUCGGCUGAAGUUGUGUGUGUCUGACCGUGACGUCCUGCCUGGCACCUGUGUCUGGUCCAUCGCCAGUGAACUCAUUGAGAAGAGGUGCCGUCGGAUGGUGGUGGUUGUCUCUGACGAAUACCUGCAAAGCAAGGAAUGUGACUUCCAGACUAAGUUUGCACUCAGCCUCUCUCCAGGUGCCCAUCAGAAGCGACUGAUCCCCAUCAAGUACAAGCCAAUGAAGAAAGAGUUCCCCAGCAUCCUGCGCUUCAUCACUGUCUGUGACUACACCAACCCCUGCACCCAGAACUGGUUCUGGACUCGCCUCGCCAAGGCCCUGUCCAUGCCCUGAACUGCCCGAGCCCCUGGGAGCGCGUGCCUCUGUGUGCCUGUACAUGUCCUUCUACCCCUGCCUCCACCCGCGGUUGUAGGGGGAUCUGUGCUCCGCUGGCCUCUCGAUCCCUGGACAUGCCUGCUCCACGGACACAGCUGCAGCCAUGGUCCAUAUCUGGACAGCACCUCUCAUGUCCUCCAUAGAACACGGGGCAUGCCCACUUGCUGAGUUAUCAGCCAGGAUGGUGGAAACCAGAGGCAGCUGGGACUAAGCGGAAGACCAGAAGAGCCAGCUCUGACCCCUCCAUCCGUCUUGGGCCUCAGUUUCUCUGCCUGAGAACUAAGCGGGGUGUGGGGAACAGGCAGUUGCUGUGUUUGAAUCAUCGUGGGAAAUGGUGAAGCACUGUUCUGAGUCUCCUGGUUGAGGGCCAGCUGGCCACUGUGGGGACCAGGUGCUGUGCAGCUGCUUCCACAGUGCUUCAGGGCCCCACUCCUCACACCCCACUUCCCCCUGCACCAGGGGACAGAGGGUGAAGCAGGCUGGCCCAGCACAGGGGGAUCCUGCAUGGAGCCUGAUCCCCCACGGCCCACCUCUCAUCUGCCUUUUUGACUCCUCCCAGCUUCUGCUCAUCUUCAGCGUGGUAAGUCCCCAAGAGUCUGGCCUGCACUCCUGGGGCUGUCUUUCACUUCCACCUGUCGAGUGCCUGUGGUUCUCUCAGCUCUGCCCUGCACGAUACAAGAUCCCGACUUCUGGCCUCUCCGUCAGAUUUGGUUUCUGGGGCUAGGUCAGCAUGGUGGUUUGGGCAGGAAGUCUUUCUUUCCGGGGCCCACUCACAGGGAGAACUUUCCCACCAGUCUUCUGUUGCUUAGCUGCCUUACCAAGUUGUUUGCUGGAACUAGUUUACAGGGACCACACAAGAGCCUCCUGCCCCGAAGCUUGUGGGCACAUGGACACAUACAAGCCCACUCGCCGAGACACAGGGAUACACGCACUGGAACCCUCACGCACAGACAUACAGGCAUCUUUGUGCACACAUCCCCCUGGGUACAGCUCCCAGAAACAGCUGGUGGGAUAGUCCCACCACAAGGGGAUCCUAACCCUGGACAAGAUGGGACACUCUUGUAUUCUUCUUCUGUUUUCCUUUUUCACUGGAACCAGAUUCUGGAAAGGACCCACUAUACCAGCAUUUACACCUUCAGUGAAGCGCAGCGCAAGGAAAAGAGCUGUUGAACUCACACAACAGGUUAGCUGCGACAGCUGGUUUUCUCUCCUCGGGAGAGUUGUAUGUUCUUUUCUCUUCACCUCUCCUUCAAGGAGAAAUGGUCAUGAUCUCAGACCUCUGUCCCAGCAUGGAGCCCAGAACCCUAAAUCUAAAAGCAAAUAUAUGUCUUCUCUCCUCUACCUUCAGUGAGGGCUGGGGGCAAAGCACCUUCCCUCGGGGUCUCAGGAGGGUCUGGAGGCCCCACUCUGCCUGAUUCUCAUGAAGCACUUAGCUACCAGGUGCCUAUCCCCUUUGAUACUGGGAAAUAUUUUACAACAAUUUCAAAAAGGUUCUUUCAAACCUGUUUCUAUUCAUUGUAAGAAGGUCAAAGAGCUGAGAAAGGCCUCUGUUUGUAGUUGCCCCCUUCUGUAUCCUAGGUUUAUAAUAAAGAGUCUCUACUUCGGGA